UCAGCCGAACACACACAGUUUACGGUUUACGUCGCAUGGUCCAUAGUGUCGCAACUGUCACGUAAUUCUGUAUGUGUGAAUCCUGAUUCGAGACGUCGUCGGGUCUCGAUGAAGAUGAAGCGAAUGAAAAGCGACGUGAUAAGCGCGACGAUCGAAUCUUAUUUGAAACGACGUCAUUAUCAGGCCAACGACUAUUGUAAGGGCGAUCAGUUGUUUUGUCAGAGCAGCGAUCAAAUGACGUUAAACGCAACCGCCGAGUGCGGUACCUCUCAGGAUAAUUCGAUCGUUUUUAGUGCCAUCACCGUUGACGUUACCGCGGCGGAUCAAGCUUAUCAACGAUUAAAAAAGUGGAUGAAUAUCAUACUCAAUGAAAAAAUAAAAGUAGAAUUACAAGGACUCUUGUUUCCAAUAUUUUGUCACCUUUAUUUAGAGAUGUUACAUGCUGGUAACAGACAGGCUGCAAUCCAAUUCUUAAAAGCACAUCAGAAUGAAUUUGUCAGUGACACGGAGAAAGAUUUCUUAGAAGAAUUAUCUAGGGUAUUUUCAGUACAGGAUAUUGAAUUGAGAUCUUUGGUGAAUGCAUUCAGAACUAGAAAGUACAAAGUAGAUCUGUCCGAAUCAGCUCACAUUUGUCUACGACAAUAUCUUACAAGAUAUGGACAUAUAAUAUUAAUGCAGAUUAUAAAUACACAUAUCACAAUAAUCAGAAAGUCAGGAAGUCCUAAAAUGGAUGGAGAAAUACAUGAAGAAAAAAGUCAAAGAUAUGAAACAAGUAUUAAUGGUCAUGUGGAACAGCCAUCUGGUACAGGUGUUGAUCGCGAAAUGCGAGAAUUACAGGAAGCAAUACGAUUAAUACGAAAUAAUGCUCAUCAAGCAUUAAGGGUAUUUACAGUGAAGAAUGCUAUAGAAAAUGCAAGUUGCGGUCUUAUUGCACCUAAAAUGGAUAAAUUAGCCGUAGGAUUUAAUACGGCCGAAAUACGCUUAUGGGGUAUAGGUGAAACGGUUUUAGUUGAGCGUAAAGAUAAACAAACGCAUGUUCCAUUUAUCUGUGAUGUAUCACCGUUUUAUAAAUUUAACAAACACGAAAACACAAUAAGAAGCGAAGCAGGAGCGAUAAUAUUAAGAGGGCACACAGACGUAGUGCACGAUUUAAGAUUUAUUCCAGAAGCAGACAUUCUCCUUUCUGUAUCAAGUGACAAGGAUAUGAGAGCAUGGAGGCUCAACGAUUAUUCAUGUGCAACAGUAUACAGCGGUCAUAGUUACCCAAUAUGGUGCAUGGAUACCAGUGUGUUCAAUUUAUAUACUGCUACAGGUUCACAUGAUAGAACUGCCAAAUUAUGGUCAUUGGAUAGAACGUUUCCCCUAAGAAUAUUUGCUGGUCAUUUUUUAGAUGUCAAUUGUAUAAAAUUUCAUCCGAACGCCAGAUACUUGGCGACUGGCUCAGCCGAUAAAACCAUAAGAUUAUGGGCCAAAGAUGAUGGGAAUCUAGUACGAGUAUAUGUCGGAGCGCAAUCGACCAUUUAUGCUUUAGCUUUUAGUCCAGAUGGGAAAUAUCUAGCUGCUGCAGGUGACGAUAAGUGUAUAUCCAUAUGGGAUUUAGCAUCUAAUGCAUUACUCACCGAAUUAAAAGGCCACGAAGAUACAGUCAUGAAUGUAGAUUGGAGUUUGGAUGGCCAAUAUAUCGCCAGUGCGAGCAUAGAUGGAAUUGUACGAUUAUGGCCUACUCAGGAUUUUAUCAACACCUUAAAUGGAGGAUCGUCAAGCGCAAUGUCUCAAUCGGAGGCGCAAAUAUUUUCAACAUCUUGCUCAAGCAUUCUCUCACUGAAUUAUUAUAAGAAGAACAAUUCGUUGAUUUGUAUUGGCACAGCAUAAGAAAUUUUUAUUAUUUAUUACUAUGCUAUUCGAAUGAAAUAUAUUUUUAAAUAAGAUUCUUUUUUAUCUAGUUAUAUACUAAAAAUUUUUCAGUAAAUUUCACUGUUCUCAUUAACAUUAUACUCAUCUAUUUUAUAUCUCUAAUCUCUGAAAUUAAAAAUUAUGCAUAGCAUCCAGCAUAAUAUAUUUUUACAUUAUUUAUAAAUAGAAAAUGCAUCAUUGUUCAAGUACUUUGUAUCUAACUAAAAAUUUGUUAUUUACUCUAUAUAAUUUGUCGAUAUUGUAUAUAUUGUGUAUUAAUUUUUCAUAUCAUUGUUUUUAACAGUUUUUUGUCAUAAAAGGCGUAUUAAUUCUUUAUUUUUAAUGAUCAGGUUUGACGGAUGUAAUCAAGUGUUUUUCAUUUUUUAUUUGUUUUUUUAAUUUUAUUUUUUAAGUAUAUCUUUUGUAUUGCCAAAUCAAAUUUUGUUUUACAAAAAAAAAAAAAAAGAUGUCAUUAAACAUAUUUAUAUUGCAAUGUGUAAGAAGCUUGAAUAUUUCAAUCUAUUAAUCUCAAAAUUACAAAAUUAUACAUAUGUAUAACAAGUACAAACUUCCCGUUUUUAGUUAGUACUAGAAAGUUAGACUCACUUCUUUUUUCUUAAUUUUAAUUAAUAACCAUAAUUAUGCCUCUGUCUAUGUGAUGAUUAAAAUCGGGCAUUAUAAUGUCUACGUAAUUGUGCAUAUAAGAUUCUUGUGGGAAUAUUGUCUAACAAUAGUUCAUUGAUAAUUUGUCUUGUUAUAAAGACUUUAUAAGUUGUGAAUAAUGUUAAAAAUACAG